AUGACUGUGCCAACACAGCAAAUGCUGAACGGCCUGGUGCCGAUGCCAGUCUACUACGAUGCCAGUUACAUUGCUCUCUCGUAUAUUGUCAGUGUUAUGGGCUCGGCAACUUGUCUGGAGCUGCUGCAUCGUCGAUCCUCACGAUCUGGUUUGCUAAAUUGGUAUCUGCUACUAGCCUCAUCUCUUGCCAUGGGAGGGAUUGGUAUCUAUAGUAUGCACUUUAUCGGAAACAGAGCAAUUGUACUUGGUGACGGCAGCGACGUGCAACAGAUAUCAUACAACAUCCAGUUCACAAUCGUCUCCCUAUUCUUGCCGAUAUUAGUCUUAUCGACCGCUUUCUAUGCCAUUUCCUUCGAAGAAAAGCCAUCGAUUAUACGCCUCCUUGCCGGUGGAAUUGGAACCGGCUCCGCGAUCUGCGCUAUGCACUACCUUGGCCAGCUCGGAAUCUCGAAUUAUCGCUGCUCAUAUGGACCAGCCUUCAUCGUUGGCGCUGCUCUUAUCGCGUGUGUCUCUGCUACUAUCGCCCUGAGCAUCUUCUUUAGAUGGAAAGCCGCCUGGACGAAUAGCUGGUGGCGACGACUAGCCUGCGCAACGUUGUUGGCCAGUGCUGUCUCCGGGAUGCAUUGGACAGCUGCUGUGGGCACUGAGUAUCAUCGCAUCCCAGGGUUUUUGGGGGCUGGGCAGCUGUCGCGGAGUCAGACGGUCAUUAUCUGUGCGGCAUUGUCAUUUGCGGCGUGUCUCACUCUCACAAUUUGUGCAAUCAUUGCUGGAGGUCGUCGACACCAGUCAACUACUCGAGCCCGUCAAUUAGUCUUGUCUUGUGUGUUCUUCGAUCCUGCUGGUCGUAUUAUGGUGUCACCACAAGCUCUUCUCCCGACACGGAAAGUCGUGGAUCGUUAUAUACAUACUUCCAUAAAAGACGACGACUUUGGCCGUACACAUCCCGCCUUCUUAUGGGCAUUCCGUGCAUCCCGUAACUGGACUCUGAUUAAAGGCAUUAUCCCAUCGAUGAAAAACACCCUGCAAAGCAACGAACUAGAGCUCAAGCGACUUAUCAAUCAGCGCGGCAUUGUGACCGGAAAUGACCAGGGCCCGGAAUUCAAGUUCGACACUAUUUUUAAACAUUUCUUUUGUAUAACAGCGCAGAAUCUGGCGGAUGAAUUGCGUCUACCCCUUUCUGGUCUCGGAGAACUUUAUCAUCAAGUUUUAUCCACGGUUACUCAGGUGUCAAGGUUUGAGCUUGGAUCAAGGGCAUUGCCUAGAAUAGGGAAGGGUCAGCUCAUGUUCACUGUACGUCAGUUGGACGAAGACGAGGCAGGAAAGUUCAUGGCCAACGGCUAUCGCUUCGCCCCGAUUGAGCGAGUCACAGAUAUCCUGUCUCGUCGUAGUCAUUUGUCGCCCACAGAUCUCGCUAUCCAUCUACAUGAGAUGCGUGAUUACGCCAGCAGCGAUAGAGGUUACACUCCAGGAGUCCACCUCGUUGCUUUUGGUCUACGCCCAACAAUCCGAGAACAUUUCGAAAUACUUACUCGGGCUGGUGGUGGGAUGGCAUUGCCGAGUUCAACGCUUCCAAUCUCCUCCCUUACAAAAGCCGAUCUGGAGUUACUCAAUUCCAUGGAUGAAUGUGGAUUUACGGCGUGUCUGAAACAACUGCUAGCCUUGAAAAAUAAUAUGGGAGGUAGCAAUGGCAGCGUCAGCAGUGUUGACAGUCUUUCGUCAACAGCUUCGGAAGAAUCAUUCGCUACAUAUUUGUAUCGAGCUGUGGUUGAGUUGAUGACUAUUCUACCUGAGAAUAUUGCAUCAGCCGCGCGGCUCUCCGCAAAACCGCUUCUAGCACCGUGUCACCGACUAUCGCCCUCGGAUCCAGAGCAAUGCGUACUGAUUUGUUUCCGUGUGGUGUCUGCUUUGGAUACUCGAAUCUCCGACCCCAAUCUCGCAUUCACCCCUCUCAGGCUCUUCAGGGUACACGAACAGGUCCACGACAAAACGGGCGAGCGUGAACGCUUCAUGCGCGAAAUAAAUGCCGAGUUUGCAUCUUACUCGGCACAAUCAACAGCAAUCCACAAGGAGGAAGAGAAAUCGACGAAGCCCUCGAAAACGAUCCCCGUCUUUCCGAGCAAGAUCUGGAGCCGCAUUCAGCCAGGCACGAGCAGCAAAAAGAUCCAAUUACCGGGUCGGCUUACGCGUGCUACUUCACAAGAAAGCUUGGUUCAGCUACAGUCGGAAAUACCUAAAUCGGCUCUCCUGUCGGCCCCCAAACCACCACCCACAGGCGAUAGUCCGACAAGAAACGUUCUCAAUCCAUUCACCAAUGAAAUUCUUGUGAGCAAGGAAGUGACUGUGGACGUGGCGCGAUUAGACGAGGUUGAAAUGACAGAUAUACCGACAAGACGGAAAUCAUCUAUAAAACCAAACGCCUCAUCAGCACCCCGGAACAACGACUCGAGUAAUAGGUAUCAGGUUGAUGGGCACGUCAAUUACUCGACAGCGUUGUUGGCAGGUGCUGAGAGGAAAACAGUUAUCGAAGGUGGUCUCGCCAGAUUUGGUACGACUUAUGUUGAUGAGUUAUAUGGUUUGUGCUUGGGUAGGGAGGUUAGGAUGAAACCUGGCCUCUAG